AUGGUGCUGUUUUGGGUGGACGGUAUCCAAGUCUUCUUUCCCUACUCAAAAGUCUAUCCCGAGCAAUUAGCUUAUUUGCGAUGCCUAAAAAGGGCUUUAGAUGCUGGCGGCCAUGCAGUACUGGAAAUGCCUACUGGAACGGGUAAGACUGUGGCCCUGUUUAGCUUUAUCACAGCCUACCAAAUGGCACAUCCACAAUCUCCGAAGCUAAUUUACUGCACUAGGACAAUUCAGGAGAUGGAAAAGGCACUGAUGGAAUUGGAGAAGGUUAUUGAGUAUCGGUCUCAACAACUAAAUACGCCGACUGAUAUUUUAGCAAUUGGAUUGGCUUCUCGUCGUAAUUUGUGUAUUCAUCCUAAAGUUUCACUAGUGGCUGACGGCAAUCAGGUGGAUGAUGAGUGUCGAAAACUUACAGUGAUGUGGCAAAGAGUGGAUAAAAUAAACGUUACUACCUGUGAAAAUGUUCAGGAAAUACCUGAUAUUGAAUCCCUUAAUAAUAGUGGGCUUUGCGGUUAUUUUGAGCAUGUAGAACAAUUUUGGUUGCCUGAAUAUCUGCCUAAGGGCGUAUAUACGCUUGAAAAACUUAAGGAAUACUCAAAAAAUUUCGUUCAUCCAUUUACAGGAAAAAAAUGCUCCCCAUGUCCAUAUUUUGUCGCAAGAAAGUGUCUAGAAAGGGCCAAUAUACUAGUGUUUAAUUACCAAUACUUGUUAGAUCCAAAAGUAUCUAAAACUGUCUUGUACAAUUUGAUUAGGUUUAAAGAUAACUUCGAUAACAUCAAAAGGGAUAAGGAACCCUUUGUAGUUGUAUUUGAUGAAGCCCAUAAUAUUGACGAUGUUUGCAUAGAGGCACUGUCAGUAGAGUUGAAUUUGGCAAUUUUAGAGGGUGCCAGCAGGAAUUUGUUAUAUCUAUCACAACAGAUUGAACGAAUGGAAAGGGAAGACAUGGAAACUUUAAAAUCUGAGUAUCAAAUGCUUGUAUCUGAGAUUGUGGAUAAGCUUGAUGAUUUUACACUGGAAGACUUCAUGUCCCCUGUCUGGACUGGUCAGAUGUUGAAAAAAUAUAUGCCAGGUAAUAUACGAAAGGCAACCCACUUUAUCAAAUUCAUGCAAAGCAUUGUAUGCUACCUGAAGGAGUAUAUUCAAGUUCCGGAGAUAAAGUCUCAGGGUCCCUUAACAUUUCUGCACAAUUUAUCUACAGAAAUUGGCAUAGAUGUCUCUUCGUUUAACUUUUGUUACAAUCGCCUAAAGUUACUAAUUACAACACUAAAAUUCACUUCAAUUAACGAUUUAUCCCCAUUAUUUAUCGUUGCUGAUUUUUGUACCCUCAUUGUCACUUAUUCUAAAGGGUUCAUUGUGAUAGUUGAGCCUUUUCCAGAAGCAGUUGGUAUUUACGACCCAAUCUUGCAUUUAUCGUGCCUAGAUGCAUCACUUGCCAUCAAACACGUUUUUAACACGUUCAAAUCAGUUAUAUUGACCUCUGGUACAAUAUCUCCAUUGGAAUUUUACCCUAAAAUAUUAGACUUUACCCCCGUUCUAACAGAAUCAUUUCCCAUGUCAUUAGAUCGCAAAUGCAUAUGUCCAAUCAUCGUUUCUAGGGGUUCUAACCAGGUUCCUAUCACAACUAAAUUUGACGCUAGGGACGAUCAAAAUGUUCUAAGAAGUUAUGGGUCACUAAUUGUGGAUCUGUCAAAACACGUUCCCGAUGGUAUGGUCUGCUUCUUCCCCUCAUAUUUGUACAUGGAACACAUACUUUCCGCCUGGUAUGAAUCGGGAAUAAUCGCAAAUAUCAUGAAGAAUAAACUCAUUUUUAUGGAAACUAAGGAUGUAGUUACUACAAUUUUAGCACUACAUAAUUAUCGCAAGGCUUGUGACUAUGGCCGAGGGGCCAUCUUCUUUUCCAUAGCCAGAGGUAAAGUUGCAGAAGGGAUUGAUUUUGAUCGACAUUAUGGACGGUGUGUUGUAGUAAUCGGUGUUCCUUUUCAGUACUCCUUGUCGCGGGUUUUGAAGGCUCGACUUGAAUUUAUGAGGAUCCACUAUGGAAUACAAGAAUCUGAAUUUCUCAAUUUUGAUGCUAUGCGUCAGGCCGCUCAGUGUGUAGGGCGUAUUAUUCGUAACAAAUCCGAUUUUGGCCUAAUUAUCUUCGCAGAUUGCAGGUUUAGCCGCUCUGAUAGGAGAAUGGCCUUGCCCCCCUGGAUUCUAAAACACCUAGAUGCAAGUUCACUAUGUCUCAAUACGGAGAUGGCAAUUUCGGUGACUAAAACGUUCCUGCGUAAUAUGGCUCAAAACUAUGAACCAUCAAGGUUUACGAGGUUGGAUCAGGAGACGUUGAAGGAUGAGGAAAAGUGCUGGGCCUUGGUGUGUAAAAUAUUAAAAAAUUGA